UGGUCUCCUGGCUGACCUUCAGGGCUUCGUGGCGAGUCCUGUUGGUCUCCUGGCGGACCUCCAGGGCUUCCUAGCGAGUCCUCUUGGUGUCCUGGCUGGCCUCCCGGGCUUUAUAGCAAAUCCUGUUGGUCUCCUGGCUGACCUUCAGGGCUUCAUAGCUAGUCCCGUUGGUCUCCUGUCCAAUCUCCAGGGCUUGGUAGUGAGUCCCGUCGGUCUCCCGGUCUGCCUCCAGGGCUUCAUAGCGACAAGGCUCAGGAGGUCAGCCAGGAUGGGACACAUCCUUCAGGGCUUCCUAGUGAGUCCCGUUGGUCUCCUGGCUGACUUUCAGGGCUUCGUGGCGAGUCCUGUUGGUCUCCUGGCUGACCUCCAGAGCUUCCUAGUGAGUCCCGUCUGUCUCCUGGACUGCCUCCAGGGCUUCCUAGCGAGUCCUGUAGGUCUCCUGGCUGACCUUCAGGGCUUCCUAGCGAGUCCCGUUGGUCUCCGGGCUGACCUCCAGGGCUUCCUAGCGAGUAUCGUCGGCCUCAUGGACUGCCUCCAGGGCUUCAUAGCGAGUCCCAUUGGUCUCCUGGCUAACCUUCAGGGCUUCCUAGUGAGUCCUGUUGGUCUCCUGGCUGACCUCCAGGGCUUCAUAGCGAGUCCUUUAGGUCUCCUGGCUGACCUUCAGGGCUUCCUAGCCAGUCCCGUUGGCCUCCGGGCUGACCUCCAGGGCUUCCUAUCGAGUAUCGUCGGCCUCCUGGACUGCCUCCAGGGCUUCAUUGCAAGUCCCGUUGGUCUCCUGGCUGACCUUCAGGGCUUCAUAGCGAGUCCCGUCGGUCUCCUGUCCAAUUUCCAGGGCUUCGUAGUGAGUCCUGACGUUCUUGUGGCCUGCCUCCAGGGCCUUGUUGCGAAUACUGUUGGUCUCCUGUCCAAUCUCCAGGGCUUCGUAGUGAGUCCUGUCGGUCUCCCGGUCUGCCUCCAGGGCUUCAUAGCGACAAGGCUCAGGAGGUCGGCCAGGAUGGGACACAUCCCCAAGGUUCCCGCUCUGCCUCCAGCGUCCACCAAGGUUUCUACUCUGCCGCUGGCUUCCUCCUAGGUUUCUGCUCCGCCGCCGUGUCCUCCAAGACUGCUGUUCCGCCGGUAUCCUCCUCAGAUUCUUUUGGUAUUCCUUAGUUGUUUCCAUUUAAUUCUGCCUUGUUUUCUACAUCUGUUCUUCAUUGUUCUUAAUUAUGUUUAUUUCUUGUUUCUACACUGUUAAAAGUCAUGCCCUCGAUUAGUUAUCAUAACAUUUUUCUAUAAGUUACUUCCAAUUAACAUAAUGAGUUAUGUAAUUUCAAUUUAAUUUCCUGAGUUAUUGGCAUUUCAACUCGAGGAUGUGAGUCAGUUCAGUAAAACAUAAAUUUAAAUGUGUGAACAUAACUUGACAAUCUGAGUUUUAAAAUGGUAACCAGAUCUUAUAAAAACUGAUCAUCACUGGCAAUAUUAAUGCGAGAUACAAAUAGUGCCGGUCUUGUGCGAAAUUCUGUUCCCCUGUGAAAAUCUGUUCCCCCUGUGUCGGGAGCGCGCAUUACAGCCAGAGAGGCGGAUCUGACCAUUUUCACGGCGCUUCUGAUCGAUUUCUCGGUAAAAAC